AUGGUUACUUGGGAACGCAAACCCCUCCGCCUUGGUUCCAUUGCCCCUGACUUUGCGGCCGAAGCCACUCAGGGCCACAUCAAAUUCCACGACUUUAUUAGCAACUCAUGGGUCAUUCUGUUCUCCCAUCCUGCCGACUUCACGCCUGUCUACACCACUAAGCUCGGCGUUGUUGUCCAUCUGCAGGACAAGUCUGAAGAGCGCAAUGUCAAGGUCAUCGGUUUCUUUGACAACGGUCUCGAAUCACACCGAGACAAGGGCACACCCAUCACCAGGACCAUCCGUCUGAUGCUCUCGUAUCCUGCCUCCACCGACCGCAACUUUGACGAGAUCCUGCAUUACUGCGAUAAUGUCAUUUCCCACCCUUCCGUCUCGAAUGAGGAAGCGGAGAAACUAUCUCCUGGAUUCGGGACCAUCAAGUCCUAUCUUCGUUUUGCCGCUCAGCCUGGCACACAGAAGGCUUAA